AGUACCGAAACCGUAACCUUAGCUGAAGCUUCCCUUCCCUUAAUCUACACUCCACUGUCAGCUGUGUCUUAGCUUUAACCGUGAUGCCAAUUUUCGUCUCUGAAUUCAUCGUUGUUUGACUUUUAUAUACCCGUGAUCCCUCCUUUCUGUUUUCGUAAUAUCUUUCUGCUCGUUUUGCGCAGCAAUUGCUGCAUUCAUCGGCCCAAUAUGAGUUCGAACCAACGAAUCAUCACCGACAAUAACAAGUCGCCGCUUGUUCAGGUCUUGUCGUUAAUGUUUCUCGUCAUUGCGAUAUUGUCGUGUUCAGUUAGGACUGGCACCAAGCUUUACAUGAUCAAGACAUUGAGGGUCGACGACAUUCUCAUCAUUGUCGCAACUGUGCUUGCGGCUUGUCAGACUGCGAUUGUUUUUAAUGCGUGCGAGCGUGGCCUUGGUCAACAUUUCGAGGUUCUCGGCGCCAGCGAUCGAGACACCUUCUUCAAGGUAACACCCGACAGACAUCCCCGCGACAACAAACAAACAACUAAUACACCCUCGUACAGAGCCAAUAUGCUACAAACACGAUGCUCAUUGCCUCACUUCUCUGCUGCAAGUUAUCGGGUACAAUGAGUCUACGAAUCAUGGCACAAAAGAGUCAGAAAUGGAUCAUCAUCGCUUGUGAAGCCGUCGUCGGUGUCUGGGGCAUCACGGCGCUCCUCGUCAACUUCUUCCAAUGCCAACCACCGACACCAUGGCUGUAUGGCGAUAACGAUAAAUGCAUCAAUCUCAAGGCAUUUUGGACGUACUACUCCACCGCCAACAUCAUCACCGACAUCGUCAUCGUCAUCAUUAUGGCAGAGAACGUGGUCAAGAUCCAAACCUCGUGGUCAAAAAGGAUUCUUGUGAUGAGCGUUUUCGGCAGCAGAAUAUUUGUAACGCCGGCAAUCGCAGCGCAAAUCCACUACUCUAACAAGGCAUUUGACUCUGCCGAUCACUCGUUUAGCAUCUGGCCCGCCUCCAUCGCCAUCCAGCUAGUGCAGUGUCUCGCCAUCCUUACCGUAUGCCUGCCCAACUUCAAGCCCUUCCUCGACAGCCUCGAGUCCGGGCAGAUCCGGGUCGACGAUCUUCGACGACAGGGUAAGUCGAGUAGCAACGGGUACCCUACAUACAGGCCCGGCUACGCGGGGUACAAGUCAAAGACAGGGCAGAGCAGCAGAUCGCGGGAUGCGUCCAAGACACAGCGCAGUGAAAUUCACGAGAUGGAGGACUUUGCUAAGAAGCCGAAACACGACCAGGAGAGGAGCUGGGAUGCGCAGAGUCGCUCGAGCCACUCAAGCCAAAAGAUCUUGAUCCAUCAGACGUGGCAGGUAGACAUAGAGAGCACGCAUGAUGCACCACCCCGACAAACAUGAGGCAAGGUAAUUUCUUUUUUCCCAGGCAUGUUUAUUUUCUCGGUUAUUUAUCCCUCCGAGAUUUUGGUUACAGCGCAGUAACGUUUUAUGCAAGCGUACCAAUUUAGAGUAAAAAUCAUUCGCUGUUCUAAAUACAGAACGUUUUGUAUCAGGAGCUGCAAGCACUAUGAGAAAAAGCAAGAUGAAAUGUUUGUCAGGCAUGCAUGAAUUUCCUCUGACCAAUAGCCUAAAAAUAACGUAGGACCAAUACUGUGCAAAAAAAAGAAAG